UGUAAAUAUCUUUAGAAAAGAAAGCCGUGUACAAAGAGAAAAAGCAGAACUCACCUACAGAAAACAAUUGGAGUCCAUAUUCAAGGAGCUGGAGCACAAAGUCAUUUCUCUGGUGAAGAAGGAGCUGAAGAAGUUUAAGAAGCUGCUGAGUCCAGAUUACCCAGCAUGCUCUGAGAGAGAGGUGGAGGAUGAGGAGGAUCAGAGCAGUGUCAUAGAGCGAGCGCUGAAGAUCACACUGCACGUCCUGGGGAACAUGAACCAGACAGACCUCGCUAACAUGCUACAUACCAAGCUGGUCUCUGAAUAUCAGCAAAAUCUCAAAAACAAACAGAUGGAAAAAUAUAAAGGAAUUAAUGAAGGAAUCUCUCAGCAUGGAAGCUCAACCCUUCUGAAUGAAAUCUACACAGAGCUCUACAUCACAGAGGGAGGGAGUGGAGAGGUCAGUAAUGAACAUGAGGUGAGACAGAUUAAGACAGCAUCCAGAAAACCAGCAACACAGGAGACACCCAUCAAAUGCAACGACCUCUUUAAAGACAAAUCCAUCAGAAGUGUGUUGACUAUAGGAGUGGCUGGAAUUGGGAAAACUGUCUCUGUGCAGAAGUUCAUUCUGGACUGGGCUGAAGGAAGAGCAAAUCAGGAUGUCAUCUUCGUAUUUCCACUUCCUUUUAGGGAGCUGAAUUUGAUGAUGGAGAAAAGGUUCAGUCUGAUGAAUCUGCUUCAUGACUUUUUCCCAGAAACAAAACAACUACAAUUAAUAGACUGUGAUGUUUACAAAGUCAUUUUCAUCUUUGAUGGUCUGGAUGAGUGUCGACUUCCUCUAGAUUUCCAGAACAAUGAGAACUUGUGGGAUGUAACAGAGUCGACCUCAGUGGAUGUGCUGCUGACAAACCUCAUCAAGGGGAAUCUGCUUCCCUCUGCUCUCCUCUGGAUAACCUCUCAACCAGCAGCAGCCAAUCAGAUCCCUUUUGAAUGUGUUGAUCAGGUAACAGAGGUACGAGGGUUCAAUGACCCUCAGAAAGAGGAAUACUUCAGGAAGAGGAUCAUUGAUCAGAGCCUGGCCAAUAGAAUCAUCACACACAUGAAGUCAUCAAGAAGCCUCUACAUCAUGUGUCACAUUCCAGUCUUCUGUUGGAUUACAGCCACGGUUCUAGAGAGAAUGUUGGGUGAAGCAGAGAGUGAAGAGAUCCCCAAGACUCUGACUCAGAUGUUCACACAGUUCCUGAUCUUUCAGAUCAAACACAAGGACAAAAAGUACCAUGGAAACAUUGACACAGAUCCUCAACAGACUAAAAAUACAAUUCUGGCACUGGGAAAACUGGCUUUCCAACAGCUGGAAAAGGGUAACCUGAUCUUCUAUGAGGAAGACCUGAGAGAGUGUGGCAUUGAUGUCAAAGACGUGUCAGUGUACUCAGGAGUGUGUACCCAAAUCUUCAGAGAGGAGUAUUGGCUGCACCUGGGGAAGGUGUUCAGCUUUGUUCAUCUGAGCGCUCAGGCGUUUCUGGCUGCUUUAUAUGCAUUUAUCUCAUUCAUCUCCAACAACAGAAAUGAGCUGGAACAGCAGAGCACUGCAGUCCUACAUGACUUCAAAAGAUCAACCAUGUCUGACUUCCUUAUGAAUGCAGUGGACAAGGCCUUACAGAGUGAGAACGAACAUCUGGACCUUUUCCUCCACUUCCUUCUGGGUCUCUCACUGGAGUCCAAUCAGACUCUCUUACAAGGUCUACUGACACAGACAGGAAGCGGCUCUCACAGCAAAGAGGAAACAGUCAAGUACAUCAAAGAGAAGAUCAGGGAGAAUCCCUCUCCAGAGAAAUCCAUCAAUCUGUUCCACUGCCUGAAUGAACUGAAGGAUCAUUCUCUAGUACAAGAAGUCCAAACAUACCUGAGCAGAGGAGGUGACCGUCAUCUCUUUGGAGCCAGACUCUCUCCUGCUCAGUGGUCAGCUCUGGUGUUUAUGAUGCUGAACUCAGAAGAGGAGCUGGAUGAAUUUGACGUGUGGAAAUAUGACCCAUCUGAGGAAUGUCUACUGAGACUGCUGCCAGUGGUCACAGCAUCCAGAAAAGCUCUGCUAUUUAACUGUGGUAUUACAGAUGAAGGCUGUGCUGCUCUGGCUGCAGCUCUGAGGUCAAACCUCUCAUCACACCUGAGAGAGCUGAAUCUGAAUCUCAAUGAACCAAGAGACUCAGGAGUGAAGCAGCUCUCUGCUCUACUGGAGCAUCCACACUGUAAACUGGAGAAAGUAGAGCUGGAACACUGCAGUAUUACAGAUGAAGGCUGUGCUGCUCUGGCUUCAGCUCUGAGGUCAAACCCCUCAUCACACCUGAGAGAGCUGAAUCUGAACCAGAAUAAUCUAGGAGACUCAGGAGUGAAGCAGCUCUCUGCUCUACUGGAGGAUCCACACUGUAAACUGGAGAAACUAGAGCUGUCUGACUGCCGUAUUACAGAUGAAAGAUGUGCUGCUCUGGCUUCAGCUCUGAGGUCAAACCCCUCAUCACACCUGAGAGAGCUGAAUCUGAACGACAAUAAACCAGGAGACUCAGGAGUGAAGCAGCUCUCUGCUCUACUGGAGGAUCCACACUGUACACUGGAGAAAGUAGAGCUGUAUAACUGCAAUAUUAGAGAGGAAGGCUGUGCUGCUCUGGCUUCAGCUCUGAGGUCAAACCCCUCAUCACACCUGAGAGAGCUGAAUCUGAACUACAAUAAACUAGGAGACUCAGGAGUGAAGCAGCUCUCUGCUGUACUGGAGGAUCCACACUGUAAACUGGAGAAACUAGAGCUAGAUAGCUGCAGUAUUACAGAUAAAGGCUGUACUGCUCUGGCUUCAGCUCUGAGGUCAAACCCCUCAUCACACCUGAGAGAGCUGAAUCUGAACCACAAUAAACCAGGAAACUCAGGAGUGAAGCAGCUCUCUGCUCUACUGGAGGAUCCACACUGUAAACUGGAGAUACUAGAGCUGUAUCAUUGCAGUAUUACAGAUAAAGGCUGUACUGCUCUGGCUUCAGCUCUGAGGUCAAACUCCUCAUCACACCUGAGAGAGCUCAAUCUGAGCUACAAUAAACCAGGAGACUCAGGAGUGAAGCAGCUCUCUGUUCUACUGGAGGAUCCACACUGUAAACUGGAGAAACUAGAGUGA